AAGGCAUGGAUCUUGACUGGGUUCAAUAUCGUCCUCUUCUUCACCUCAGUACUACUUCUCAUAGAGCGAGAACACAGCUUAAGAGCGAAGCCGCAGGAUAAUUGGCUCCGCACAAGCACCAUGUACUCACCGCUAUGGGGAACAGAGAUAGAGCAACAGCUCAAGAAGCAUGGAAUGCAGAUGAACAGCAGCCUCUUCACCCCGCCUCACCCCUCAAAAUACCGGGACUCAAUCAAGCGCUCAAAAGACGUGGACGACGCCUGGGACGCGUUAGAAUGGGUCCGGACCUUCCCCAUCACAGAAGCAGACAUCAUUUCAAUCGGCAAAGACCCGCGCACAGCCGUCAAAUUUCCGGCCGAGUACGGUUUCGGGGACAACGCGUACGUCGCGCAGCUCGACAUCUUCCACCAGCUGCACUGCCUGAACACCCUGCGGCUGAUCGCAUGGGGCCAGUUCGAGCCGGCGCAAGAAGCAGCAAAGCGGCCGUACUCGGACCUGCACUGGCAUCACGUCGCGCACUGCACCGAGGUGCUGCGCGAGAACCUGAUGUGCAACGCAAAUCUAGAUGUGGUCACGUUUAACUGGAAGGAGACGCAGGAGGUGCCGUUCCCGGAUUUCAACCUGAACAAGAGGUGCACGGACGCGGAGCUGCUGAUACGGUGGCAGGAGGCGAACGCACUGCCGGUGGAGGCAUCGAGGAACUUCAGCAGGCCUGAAGGUGUGCGAGAGGUGCCGAUGGAGGAUGAGUACUAUAGGCUUUAUGGAUUGGAUAAGGCGAAUAUUCAGCAUGGACAGGCGCAUGCACAUUCGUGAGAUGAUAUGUUUCAGCGAUGGAAACUAUGCAUAACACAUGAGGCGAAGGCUACUGGCUGCCGGCGGUAGAAGUGUUCCAGUUCACGAAAAAGGGUUGCCAUGAUUCUGGUUUGGUCGUUUGCAGUGCGGGAAAGAAGCUGUAUGAGUUUUCGAUCGUUCGUGGGAGUUUGGCUGUGAGUAAUGGAAACGGAUUGGCAUUGAAAGGACGAACAUGUGUUUGAGUUCUUCGAUACCUUCACACAAAGUGGCGUAGUAUAUGAAAAACUGACAUCCACAAAAAGUGAAAGAGCGCCCAGGUAAACUUGCAAAUAUAAUCAGACUGGCCGGAUGGGUGGAGGGGUCUGGAAGAUUUGUUUCAAUUGUAUUCUACUGUCUGCGUUACGUAUCUGUUAGACCAUCCUUCGCUGGGGCUCUGCA